CAUUGUAGGUCGAGCCAACAGCAGCGACGGAAAGGAGCUACGAAGGACCGCUAGCGAGUAGAGAGGGAGGGAGAAAAAGAUAGAGUAGCAGGAAAGAGAGAGAGACUAUAUCGCGGGGGCAUAUACGCAGACCUGUGAGCAAGGCAGUCAGUUAAGCGGUAGUCAGUAAGCUAGCAAUUCGAUAUAUAGAGGAGUGCACGAUUUAGACGACGUACGGAAAGCAAGAACGAGCGAUCCAGGCCUUUUAUUUUAUUUGCGCAAAUACAGACGGUGCGAGAAGCACUCGAAUUAAAUAAUGGCUGGCGGUAAGGCGGGUAAAGAUUCCGGCAAAGCGAAGGCAAAGGCAGUAUCGCGUUCGGCGCGGGCCGGUCUCCAGUUUCCUGUUGGAAGAAUUCACAGGCACUUGAAAAACAGAACUACAAGUCAUGGACGGGUUGGUGCUACAGCUGCUGUUUACAGUGCUGCUAUUUUAGAAUAUUUAACUGCUGAAGUUUUGGAGUUGGCGGGAAAUGCAUCAAAGGAUUUGAAAGUGAAACGUAUUACUCCUAGACAUUUGCAGUUAGCUAUUCGCGGUGAUGAAGAACUUGACAGUCUCAUUAAAGCAACUAUUGCUGGUGGUGGAGUUAUUCCACAUAUUCAUAAAUCGUUGAUUGGCAAGAAAGGAUCUCAGAAACCAGCAUAAAAUUAAAUUUAAUA